GGUCAGAGGUCAAAUCAAAGUCCAGGUUCCCUCUCAUCUCUGACUGAGCCUCCUGCAUCAAACCGAACCAUCAUCAGCUCAUUAACAUGUUAAAGAUCCGUCAGGUGUUUGAUGGCGGCGCCACACUUUCUGUUUCUGUAUAAAACUGGACCCUGAAGGACUCUCAGAGUUCAGAGACCACAGCAGCAGCUCUCUGGAAACUUUGAUCAUGGACGGAAGCAGAGUGUCGGACUUCAGCAUCGAGCGCAUCCUGUCCCCGCAGCUCGGACACAAGCAGCCGGUCAUGGAGUUUUCACCAGACGGAUACCUGCAUGGGAUCCCCGGCGGAUUCAGUCUGGACUCUGGGAACCUCGGGCCUCCUGCGCCGGUCCCGGUCCCGGUGUCAGGCUGUCUGCAGUACCGAGGGAUGAGCUUUGAAGAGGCGUUUUACCCGUACCCACCCGGUUUCCACCGCACAGACUUCAGCAGCGUCUAUCCAAACUCCGGAGUCUACGUUCACUUUAGCAGCCAGGACUCUGCAGAUGCUCCGCCGUUGCCGGGUUACCACGGGUACCAUCCCGCCCAGUCGCAGCCGCGUCAGAAGGCCCGGAUGAGGACGGUGUUCACCGACAGUCAGACCAAGCAGCUCGAGGCGCUGUUCGAGCUCACCGAUUACCCGGCGGUGGAGGCGCGCGCUAAGGUGGCGAGGAGCACCGGGCUGAGCGAGGAGACGGUCAGGGUGUGGUUCAAGAACCGCAGAGCCAGGCGGAAGCGGCAGCACAGCGGGUCAAAGGUCAAAUCCCUCUCUCCUCCUCCCUGCACUGGAGCAGAGAAGAAGCUCUUCUCCUCCUUCCUCUGAACAUGACAGACUGUCCACCUGCUGCUCAGAGGUCAAAGACG